CCCACAACAUCCGGCUCAACUCAGGUCUCCAAGUCACAACCCAGCCUCCCCUACCAUCAGCACCUACCCGAAGCCAAGAAGCACCUUCCGCCCCUCCACCACCUGGCCGGCGAGAACCACCAGCCUUCCCGACCCCAACACCGACGGAUCAGGCGAUGGCAGUGGAGGCCAUGGCAGAGAAGAACACCGGCGCCGGCGCCGGCGCGGCUGGCGGAGUAGCCCCGGAGAGCGGGGACAGGCGCUCCCGCUUCAGGCGGAUCUGCGUCUACUGCGGCAGCGCCAAAGGCCGAAAGGCCAGCUACCAGGACGCCGCCGUCGAGCUCGGCAAGGAGCUGGUGGAGAGGGGCAUCGACCUGGUCUACGGAGGAGGCUCCAUUGGGCUCAUGGGCCUCGUCUCCCACGCAGUCCAUGAUGGAGGACGCCAUGUGAUUGGGGUCAUCCCCAAGUCCUUGAUGCCCAGAGAGGUCACUGGAGAGCCUGUUGGGGAAGUAAGAGCCGUCUCCGGCAUGCACGAGAGGAAGGCCGAGAUGGUUCGCUCUGCUGAUGCCUUCAUUGCCUUACCCGGUGGCUACGGGACUCUGGAUGAGCUGCUCGAGGUCCUCACCUGGGCCCAACUUGGGAUCCACAAGAAGCCGAUCGGGCUGCUGAACGUGGAUGGGUUCUACAAUUUCUUCCUGUCCUUCAUCGACAUGGCUGUGACCGAAGGAUUCAUACAGGAGGACGCGAGGCACCUCGUCAUCUCAGCUCCAACCGCCAAGGAACUAGUUCUCAAGCUAGAGGAGUAUGUUCCGGACUAUGAGAUCGGGCUGGUGUGGGAGGAUCAGGGCCAGAUCACGCACGGCUUCGCGCCGGAGCUGGAGCCCGGCAUUGCGUCGUCAUGAUACGAUUCAUCCUGGAAGCGUUUCUGAACUAAGUAACAUCUGACCGUGCAAAAAAAAAAGGAUGGGAGUGUGCUAGUCCUUGUCAGUCGUAGCUUUUGCCUGUCAGUGCCAGUGGCAUGACAGUGUUAGCAUUGAGUAGCAAGUAGUGGUGCGGUUAAUGAUGGCGUUCUUUUGGUCGUAGCUUAGGUAGAAGGAAGGAAAGGACUGCAUGUACAAAUGUGUUAUGUAGGAGCAGCAGCAGAUGUUUGUUCCUUAAUUAUCAAUCAAGAAUGGGAAAAUUGGUCU